UCUGAUGUGUUUAUUUCAAAUGUCAAAAUGAUUAGAAAAUCGAAGUGUUUUUAGUUUGAUUCCGCAGUGAUGAUUAUAAAAACAUUCCAGUAAUUAAGAAGUUGUAUGAAAAUGUUGUGAUAAUAGCUAUCAGUGGAUAUUUAUUUCUGUCAUGAAAACUGCAUUGAUCUGUUUUUUCGCUCUGGUGCAUUUGAAUGCAGCUAGAUCUGAAGGGUACUGCAAUUUGUACCAUGGAAAAAUUUGUGAGAAAUAUGUGGACCACACUAAAUAUAUUUGGUAUAACAAUUCGGGCGGUUACGAGAAUGAACAAAUUACUACAGCUUUGUGGGAUGAAAUGAUAUCAACCUUUGAAGAACCUUGUCGCAGUGCUGCUGAGAAAAUGUUAUGUGUGUACGCAUUUCCAGAGUGUAAUGUUUCGAGCCCUUUGCCCCUGUGUUAUGAAGAUUGCAUCGCAGUAAAGCAUUUGUUUUGUUACAAAGAAUGGGCUGUACUAGAAGAUAAAAAAACAAAUGGAAUAUUUAUUAAGUCAAGAGGGCACUUUAGGCUUCCGGACUGUAACAUACUGCCUAAAUAUAGGGAAGCUCCAAAAACUGCUUCUGUUUGUACAUACGCCGGUUUAACCGAAAUGAAAGAUACAGAAGUAACACACGACUGUAUCAAGGGAAAUGGUAGAUACUAUCAAGGCAAAGUAAAUAUUUCUAAAGAAGGGAUCCCGUGCCAACGAUGGGAUUCUCAGUCACCACAAGCUCACAAUUCUCCUCCAGAUGUUUUUAUGGAACUAAAAAAUGCAGAAAACUAUUGUAGAAAUGCUGGCGGAGAAGAGAAAAGGCCCUGGUGUUUCACUACUAAUCCGGGAAUUAGAUGGCAGCAUUGUGAAAUCCCGAGAUGUUUGAACUCCACUUUGGAAGACAACGAUCAACCAGGAAUUAAAAUGGAAGAAUACUUAUCUCCGACUUUUAUAAUAAUCAUAUCUUGUUUAGGACUUUCCACAAUUGUAAUAUUUCUGCUAUUAGUUCUCUUAUGCCACCGAUUGUACAAACGCAGAUUGCUAGGAUAUAACGCCCCGACUAAUGCAGAAGUGAACAUUGAUUUGGAUAAGCUACCCAGCAACAUGCAAUAUCACAGGCAUGGAGUGCCUUUAAAUCCUAAGUUAGAAAAACUAGAAUAUCCCAGAAAUGACAUCAUUUAUUUAAAAGACUUAGGUCAAGGAGCUUUUGGAAGUGUUUUCCAAGCUAAGGCCCCAGGCUUAGUAUUUGGUGAAGAAUUUACUGUAGUUGCCGUAAAAAUGCUUAAAGAUGAUGCAACAGAAGAUAUGCAGGAAGAUUUUGAAAAAGAAGCCUGCCUCCUUUCCGAAUUUGACCAUCCAAAUAUUGUGAAACUGCUCGGAGUGUGUGCAGUAGGUAGACCAAUGUGUUUGUUGUUUGAAUACAUGGGAAAAGGUGAUUUAAAUGAAUUUUUGCGACAAUGUUCACCAACCAAUUAUGUGGUAAGAAGUGCAAUCAGUGGUGAAUUUACUAAUAAGGAAAUCUACAAGGAUUUUCAGUUGACUUAUCGUGACCAGAUAAGUAUUGCUAUUCAAAUUGCAUCUGGAAUGGUAUAUCUAUCAGAUCGAAAAUUUGUUCAUAGAGAUCUAGCCACCAGAAAUUGUCUUAUCAAUGAUGAUAUGGUUGUUAAGAUAGCAGAUUUUGGAUUGUCACAAAAAAUAUAUUUACAAGAUUAUUAUAAAGGUACAGAUAGAGAUGCAAUCCCUGUUAGGUGGAUGCCUUUAGAAAGUAUUUUGUACAACAAGUAUACAUCAGAAACAGACGUUUGGGCCUUCGGUGUAUGUUUGUGGGAAAUUUUUUCCUUUGCCUUACAGCCUUAUUAUGGUAGAACCCAUGAAGAAGUUAUAAAAUUCCUUAAAGAGGGAAAUAUCAUGCCUGCGCCAGAAAAUACACCUGGAGAGGCAUACGAAUUGAUGAGAAUGUGCUGGGCACAAAGACCAUUAGAUCGACCAUGUUUUAGGGUAAUUUAUGACAGACUUUUAGAAUUGUAUGAAAAUAUUUCAUAAGGUCGAAACAAUUAUUACUCACUUUAUAUUGGACCCGAUGUUGUUUUUUAAUGAAUGUAAAAAGUGCACAUUUGAUUUAAAUAUUUUUCUCUAAUUAUCAUUUAAGUUAAUCGAUAAUCCGUACAUAAAAAAAUGUUAAAAUUUGCUAUUUGUUCAUUCACUAGAAUUAUUAUUUACUGAUAUAUAGAUGAUAGGUAUAUGUGCUUAAUGUUGAUUAUGUUAUGUCCACACAUUCCUAUUUGAGACUCAUUUUAGUACCAAAGAAAUAACAAUUGCUAAACAAAAUUUAAAUAAACAUUUCAAAUUAAAAUAUUUGUAUAUCAACUAACUUCUAAAUUAGUGAUACAACAAAACACAUACUUACUCAAGCUGUCAGUUUUACAUGAACAUCAAGUAAAAGGUGAAUUUAAUUUCUCUUGAUUUUGCAGCUUGAGUUUAGUUUGGGUUCAUCAGCAUGUAUCAUGUACUUUCAAAUCAUAAAUUAUGCAAUUGUAAAAUAUAUCAGAUUUUUAAAUCACAAUUUACUCGAAACUUGAUAUUUACACAUACAUCAUUACUAUACAUGUUUUAGGGCGAUUUAAAAUUUGUAAUUCAGUCAUUCAACAAAAUUUCUUGCUGGACAAGCUCAGGCAAUUUAAACAAUGAAUAUGCAUUAUCCUAGACAGGAUGUCGCACCUAAAAUGAGGACACUCUUAUCUUAUGAAAUUCAAUAAUAGAUGCAACAAAUUGCAAGAACUCUAGGUCAAUAGAAAUCCCUAGUAAAGUAAAAAAAUGUUUUCUAUCGGGUUGCUCUGGAAGUUGUAUAAAUACUUGUAUCAAAAAUCUGAUCAUUCCUUCAUGCUUCCUCAAUCGAAACCUAAAUAUUCAAAAAUUAGUUUUUAAAACUAAUUGAAUAAGAAACUACGAGUACAAUUCGCUUAGAAAUUUGUAUAUGGCUAAACAAUCUUCCAAAUUUUGGUUCUUCUUAUUAGUUACAUUUAAGAGUGUUCUCAACUGGAGUAGCUCACCGUCUUUCACAUAUUGAAAAAGUCCAUUUAUCAGUCAAUAAACCAGAUUUAAUGCAGUCAACUAUUUAAGAUUCCUGGCCUUAAAAAUAGAAGUUUAAACUUUUGCUUGUAGCUCAAAGUGUUGCAUUUACGGUGCCAAAAACAAUACAAAAACACUUUCAAUAUUUCUAAUAUAUUUUUGAUGUUUGUCUAAUUACUAUAAAUAUGUAGAUUAUAAGAGUAUAGUACAUAUUUAGAAUAAAAAUUAAUAUCUCCAUUAAUAGUAUUUUUCUAUUAUGCAAAUCGAACAAACAUUAUUUUGUUGAAUUGUUUUAUUAUUCUUGUUGUGUUGUGUGAUUGCAAAAAAAUCAAGUUUUGUACUGAAUUUACACAAAAUUGUUAAUGUAAUUGAAAGUUACUUUCUGUUAGAAUCCAAUAAAUCAUUUGGAUAAGAUCUGAAUAAAACGUUGUGAAUGCUACUGUUUAUAUUCCACUAAGUGCAACUUUUGCAGAUUUGUAAGCUGAAAUGUUCGAAUUAGUUCCUUAUGUUCACUUUUUUAGUGAAAGCUAUGCAUACCAAAUAUAAUAUUGUAGAUAUUAAGUACUUAAAAAAAUGUAUCACCGUUUUAUAUGUUUUGUAACUGUCUUUAAAUAUACAUCUCAAAUCGA